GUGUGUAGUGGUGUGUUGUGUGUGGUGGUGUGCGAGAUGUCGCGACGCGAUGUGGUGCCGCGCGCUGAACGCGAGGUUCUUGCGCCGCCGCCUAGCAAAUGCGCUAAGGUGCUGUACUAUACCUGGCGACUGUGCUCCGUGGUGUUCUCUCACUUCGUGAUGAUCAGCCUCGUGGUGGCCUACUGCAUAUUGGGGGCGGUCACAUUCGAGAAGCUGGAAGCAGCUCAUGAGAGGGAGGUGAAGAUGAACAUCUCUCGUCUCCGUCGCAACACGACGGACAGCAUCUGGGGAAUGACGAAGAACGCCACCUACUUCAACGAGUUCAACUGGACGGCUGAUGUCGUCGACAUGCUCAAGGACUUUGAGAACGCGUUGCUUUUGGAGAUGAAAGUGAGGGGCUGGGACGGCAGCGAGAGCACCACCCACAUCCAGUGGACCUUCACGGGCGCGCUGUUCUACUCCAUCAUCGUCAUCACCACCAUCGGAUAUGGGCACAUCGCCCCGAAGACCCAGACUGGGAAGGUGGUGACCAUCUUCUACGCCAUCCUCGGGAUCCCGCUGAUGUUGCUCUGUCUCUCCAACAUUGGAGACGUGAUGGCUUCCUCCUUCAGGUUUUUGUACUGGCGUGUGUGUUGCUACGUGUGCACUCGUCCUCCGAAGCGCCGCCGCCGGCACCAUACCUCAAUCAGGAGAUCCGUCCGCGGCAGUCGGCACGGGUCCACGCGGCGCAAGCGACCCGAGCGCGCGCAUUCUGACACCGAGUGCAGGUAUCGCGACAGUGGCUACAGCAGCGGUCGUGGCAGGCGUGGCCGGCUGGCCCAUGGACCUAGCCUGCGAACUGCCUCGCAACCACCACUUACGCGCACUAACGAACCGAGAGGCUACGAGAGAGACGUAUCCCCGGUCAAGUAUGAUCGUCACGGGCGAGACCAUUACGAGGAAGAUGAAGAGUUCCCAAAGAUAUCGCUGCCACUAAAGGACUUGGAAGCAGCUUUACAAGACCUGAACGAACACCAAAUGAAGGCAUCCAAAGCCGACAUUCGCAGCAAGUCCCUCCCACGCCCUUCAAAGUCCAAGCCCGACUUCGGACCUCGAGAUUUCGAUAGGGAAUAUGAGCCUGGACCUAAAGAUCGGAAAGACUUUGACCCCGGACCGAGGGACCGUAGGGAUUUUGAUCCUGGUCCAUCUAAGGACCGCUUUGAAAUGCAUGAUCUAUAUGAUGUAGAUUAUGAGAACUACAAAGAGAGGAAGGCUCAGCAAGAAAGGGAGUGGAGAAGGAACGACUAUAGGGAAAGGGAUUACGAUCCUGAGGACGAUGACUAUGAGUUCGAUAGUCCGAAGGGAAGGAGAACUUGGGAUCGUCGGGCAGAUCGUUGGGACUCCGAACGCGACCGCGAUGACUACGGCCACGAGCGGCGCCCGAACCGGCGAGCCCGCAGCGCGCUGUACGAGGGCGAGAGGAGAUUGGAUGAGUGGGACGAGAGGAGGCGCUGGGACGACAGGGACGGAGAGAGGCGGCGGUGGGACGAGAGAGACGGAGAGAGGCGGUGGGAGGACGUGGAGGGAGGGAAGAGGCGGUUGAGACGGCUCUAUACUACUGAUGAGAGCGCCAGGCCGCCGCAUGCUGUGACGCCCUCGCCUGAACGGGAUUACUGGAGCGACGACGCAGCUGAGGUGCCCGUUCCGCGCAGAGGCAGAUCCGCUGCUGCUGCCUGGGGUUCCAGACAUACUGACGUUUACGAAGAAGAUCCCGAACCCAUUAAGCAAGAAAUAAAGCCGGUCCCGAUUUGGCUGUGCGUGUUCCUCGUGGCGUCCUACAUCGUGGCCGGCACCUUCCUCUUCCAGCAGUGGGAGGACUGGAACUACCUGGACUCAGCCUACUUCUGCUUCAUCACUCUUACUACCAUCGGCUUCGGCGACUUCGUUCCGGGCAUGAAGUUACAGGGCCGAACCGACUCGACAGUGGCAGCCGUGCACUCCAUCGCGCUCUGCUCGCUGUACCUCCUCUUCGGAAUCGCUCUGCUGGCCAUGUCCUUCAACCUGGUGCAGGAACAGGUCCGCGCCAACGUCGCGGCACUCGCCACCCGACUCGGCAUCAUCAAACCCAGGGAUCCUGACUACUGACCAG